CCGGCUACACGCUAGGCAGAGGCGCUCCAGCCUCUAGCACUAGGGCGCUGAACUCCGGUUCUGGCCAUGGCCGAACUCACCCGCGGCAGGAGCCACCGCUCCCGGACUUCUCGCCCAGCUUACUGAACGCUCUCUCUUUUCGACCCUGGGUAAACUCUGCGUUCUUUUUGGAGCGGCGAGCAAGUAUGCGCUGAGGACUGCUGGGGCGCGCGUAUCGGGUGCCGCCGUGGGUCCAGGCUUCGGAGCCGAGCUGCGUGGGGCAGCCUCGAUUUCCCCACCCCGCGCCGGCAAUCCCCCGCCGCACUUGAUGUGCAGAGAGAAGCCGGACACCAUGAUCCUAACACGUAAGCUAGACUUGUGCCUUGCCGUCAGGCCGACCGCGGGAGCCAGCUGCGGAGGGGACCUGCCGCGGAGGAAAUGUCACCCUGCCUUGCCAAGUCGGUGCCUGACGUUCUGUGCUUUUGCAGCGCUUUCCGAGGAGGCUCGGGACCGAGUCACCCGAGUUUCUUGGAGUGGAGGAGAAAUUGAAGCCAAAGAAGCUUGUGAUUGGCUACGGGCAGCAGGAUUCCCGCAGUAUGCCCAGCUUUACGAAGAUCUCCUGUUCCCUAUUGAUAUUUCCUUGGUCAAGAGAGAGCAUGAUUUUUUGGACAGAGAUGCUAUUGAGGCUUUAUGCAGGCGUCUAAAUACUUUAAACAAAUGUGCGGUGAUGAAGCUGGAAAUUAGUCCUCAUCGGAAAAGAAGUGAGGAUUCGGAUGAGGAUGAGCCUUGUGCAAUAAGUGGCAAAUGGACUUUCCAGCGGGACAGCAAGAGGUGGUCCCGGCUUGAAGAAUUUGAUGUCUUUUCUCCAAAGGAAGACCCCAUUCCUGGGUCCCCAGACAAUUCUCACCUGAAGAACGCCCCGAGCCAUGAAAGCAUGCUGACGGACCUCAGCGAGCGCCAGGAGGUGGCUUCUGUCCGCAGCCUCAGCAGCACCAGCAGCCUUGCCACCCACACACCCCACUGUGGGGACACAGCCACCACCCGGACUAAUUCGGUCAUCAGCGUCUGCUCUUCUGGCACCUUUGUAGGCAACGAUGACUCCUUCUGCAGCCUGCCCUCCCCCAAGGAACUGUCCAGCUUCAGCUUCAGCAUGAAAGGCCACGAGAAGAGCACCAAGUCCAAGACACACAGUCUGCUGAAACGCAUGGAGAGCUUGAAGCUCAAGGGCUCCCACCACGGCAAGCACAAGGCACCCUCCAAGCUGGGGCUGAUCAUCAGCGGGCCCAUCCUGCAGGAGGGGAUGGAUGAGGAGAAACUCAAGCAGCUGAACUGUAUGGAGAUCUCCGCCCUCAACGGCAACCAUAUCAAUGUCCCCAUGGUACGAAAGAGGAGUGUCUCCAACUCCACGCAGACCAGCAGCAGCAGCAGCCAGUCUGAGACCAGUAGCAACGUCAGCACGCCCAGUCCUGUCACCAGGACCCGCAGCCUCAGUGCCUGCAACAAGCGGGGAGGCAUGUACUUAGAGGGCUUCGAUCCGUUCAAUCAGUCCACAUUCAACAACAUCAUGGAACAGAACUUUAAGAACCGCGAGAGCUACCCAGAGGACACAGUGUUCUACAUCCCGGAAGAUCACAAGCCUGGCACUUUCCCCAAAGCCCUUUCCAAUGGCAGUUUCUCUCCCUCAGGGAAUAACAGCUCUGUGAACUGGAGGACGGGAAGCUUCCACGGCCCCGGCCACAUCAGCCUGAGGAGGGAAAACAGUAGCGACAGCCCCAAGGAACUUAAAAGACGCAAUUCCUCGAGCUCUAUGACCAGCCGCCUGAGUAUCUAUGACAACGUGCCAGGCUCCAUCCUCUAUUCCAGUUCAGGUGACCUGGCUGACCUGGAGAACGAGGACAUCUUCCCUGAGCUGGAUGACAUCCUAUACCACGUGAAGGGGAUGCAGAGGAUAGUCAACCAGUGGUCGGAGAAGUUUUCAGAUGAGGGCGACUCUGACUCAGCCCUGGACUCGGUCUCUCCAUGCCCUUCCUCUCCCAAGCAGAUACACCUGGAUGUGGACAAUGACCGAGCUACCCCCAGUGACCUGGACAGCACAGGCAAUUCACUGAAUGAACCUGAGGAGCCCUCUGACAUCCCGGAAAGGAGGGAUUCUGGGGUUGGGGCCUCCCUGACCAGGUCCAACAGGCACAGGCUGAGGUGGCACAGUUUCCAGAGCUCUCAUCGGCCAAGCUUAAACUCUGUAUCACUGCAGAUCAACUGCCAGUCGGUGGCCCAGAUGAACCUGCUGCAGAAAUACUCCCUCCUGAAGUUAACCGCCCUGCUGGAGAAACACACGCCUUCCAAUAAGCAUGGUUUUAGCUGGGCUGUGCCCAAGUUCAUGAAAAGGAUCAAGGUUCCAGACUACAAGGACCGGAAUGUAUUUGGGGUCCCUCUGACAGUCAAUGUGCAGCGCACAGGACAGCCCCUACCCCAGAGCAUCCAGCAGGCCAUGCGCUACCUCCGCAACCAUUGUUUGGAUCAGGUUGGGCUCUUCAGAAAAUCAGGUGUCAAAUCCCGGAUUCAGGCUCUGCGCCAGAUGAAUGAAAGUGCCUUAGAUUGUGUCAACUAUGAGGGACAGUCUGCUUAUGAUGUGGCAGACAUGUUGAAGCAGUAUUUCCGAGAUCUUCCUGAGCCACUAAUGACAAACAAACUCUCAGAAACCUUUCUGCAGAUCUACCAGUAUGUGCCCAAGGACCAGCGCCUUCAGGCCAUCAAGGCCGCCAUCAUGCUCCUGCCUGAUGAGAACCGGGAGGUUCUUCAGACGCUUCUUUACUUCCUGAGUGAUGUCACCGCAGCUGUCAAGGAGAACCAGAUGACCCCCACCAACCUGGCCGUGUGCUUGGCGCCUUCCCUCUUCCACCUCAACACCCUGAAGAGAGAGAAUUCCUCUCCAAGGGUGAUGCAAAGGAAACAAAGUUUAGGCAAACCAGAUCAAAAAGAUUUGAAUGAAAACCUUGCUGCCACUCAAGGGCUGGCCCAUAUGAUUGCUGAGUGCAAGAAGCUUUUCCAGGUUCCUGAGGAAAUGAGCCGAUGUCGAAACUCCUACACCGAACAAGAGCUGAAGCCCCUCACCCUAGAAGCAUUAGGACGUCUUUGCAAUGACGAGUCAGCCAGCUACCAGCACUUCCUCCAAGACUGUGUGGACAGCCUAUUUAAAGAGGUCAAAGAGAAGUUCAAAGGCUGGGUCAGCUACUCCACAUCUGAGCAGGCUGAGCUGUCCUAUAAGAAGGUGAGUGAAGGACCACCUCUAAGGCUUUGGAGGGCAACCAUCGAAGUUCCUGCAAUGCCUGAGGAAAUCUUGAAGCGCCUACUUAAAGAGCAGCACCUCUGGGACGUAGACUUGUUGGAUUCCAAAGUGAUUGAGAUCCUGGACAGCCAAACUGAAAUUUACCAGUAUGUCCAAAACAGUAUGGCACCCCAUCCUGCUCGGGACUACGUUGUUUUGAGAACAUGGAGGACCAACUUACCCAAGGGGGCAUGUGCCCUUUUACUCACCUCUGUGGAUCACGACCGGGCCCCUGUGGUGGGUGUGAGGGUCAAUGUGCUCCUGUCCAGGUAUCUGAUUGAACCCUGCGGGUCAGGGAAAUCCAAACUCACCUACAUGUGCAGAGCUGACUUAAGGGGUCACAUGCCAGAGUGGUACACGAAAUCUUUUGGACACUUGUGUGCAGCUGAAGUUGUAAAGAUCCGAGACUCCUUCAGUAAUCAGAACACUGAAACCAAAGACACCAAAUCUAGGUGAUUCACAGAGCAAAAGCAACUGUGUCCAUUAUCUGGGCAUUUGUUCUAGAACCCUUGCCAGUCCUUGGAAGACUGAGUUCUGCAUCUGAUCCUGAAAGAGAGAAAACUACAACUUGGAGUGUAGGAAUUGACUAGAGUGAUCUGAUACAUUUUUAAAGCUGCUUCCUGUUUGUUCAAGGUCUGUGUUAUGGACCUUGACUGGAAUAUAUGACUGUGCAAAAAAAAAAAAAAAAAAAGUAUUCUAAUUGGAAUUGCUUCUGAGAAGCAAAACUCUAUAAAUACAUUAGGGGAGAUAAUGAAGAGUCUUCAUUCUCUUGUGCAUGUGUAUGUGUACGUGAACCUACAACAUUUUCUUUGCAGUGUGUGGAGGGACUGGUGUAUCCACUGGAAUAGUUGGUACUCUGACAUGUUUUCUCACUGAGAAGAGCAAAGAAAGGUUUGCACAGAGGAGUGUGUGUAUGUGUGUUUGUUGCUGGUCGAAUGGCAUAGAUGUGCAGGUUGGGAUGCAGUGGCUGGCACACUGAGACACUUCCAAGAAGGAUCUUGAUGCAUCAGGUUCAGUUUAACCUGGAAUAUCAGACUACCCAUGGAAUCAUCCAGAAAGGGAACCCAUUUAUUUUGGAGUAUCGGACAGCCCACUUGUCCGUUUGUUUGUGGUUUUUUUCUGAGUUAGUAAAUAUAUUCCUUUUCCACCAACCUCUUCUUUACCUUAAAACUAACUGUAAUAUAUUUGCCUGGAUAACCCAUUUCAAACGCAGUUUGUCUCUAGACCUGAUUGCAAAGAGCGAAGUCGUUCUCAUCCAGUACAGGUGAAUUCAGGGAUAGAAACUCCCCCUUGCUGGCUCCAAAGCAGUUUUGUUUUUUGUUUUUUGUUUUCUUCAGUUGAGAUGUAAAAACUGAACAUUCUAACUUCUACACCUGAAUCAAGCAUCAGAACUUUUUACAUGUCUGAAAAUCCUUUGCAUUUCCAUGCUUAUGGGAGAAGAUCUUUAAGGCACUAUGUACGGAAACACAGGAAAUUGGGUCCCACAAAAAUCCUUGUAAAUUUAACCCAACCACAAAUUUGUUUGCUGCUGUUGUGGUUAUUAACAGAAUUUUUGAAUGCUGCAUAUAUUAAUUAAUUGGAUUUGUCACUAUCAGCAAAUGGUGGGGUUUUUGCUUUGUUUUCCCUACACUUCUUUCUCUUCUCCUUCAUGAUGCCCUUGGAAUAUAUUUUAGUAGUAAUGGAAAGUAGUAGUCACAGUAAAAAAACAAAAACACACUAGUUAGUGUAGGUUUUUGGAAGGGUGGUCUUUAUACAGGUUUUACUGAAAUGGUAAAGGGUGGCUGAAAAGACAGUAUUAGUGAAUUUAUUUUAUAUGGAUCAAAAGUGAAUAAUGUAUGAAUGAGAGUUGUAAGAAGGAUUUUUAUUUUGUUAUAAUUUAGUUACCAUUGUCAGUGUUAUUUCAAAGGUUCUUUGAAGACUUUGGGGGUGGGGGACAGAUCAGAGUUUAAUCUGAGUAUUUUGGAUAUUAGUGCUCCUUGUGAAGAUAUACUUGUAUAUUCAAUUUUAAUGGCUUUGAGAUUUGUAAGAUUAUAUGUUGUAUAUACCAUUCUAUUAAGAAACACGUACACCUGUCCACUGUGCUUUCUACAUAGAUAAAGCAUGAUAAAGAUUAUUAUUUAAAAUAUACUUGUAUUUAUACCUCAGAUAUUCUUUUGGAUUUUGUACCUCAAGGCUUUUUUUGGUUUGUUUGUUUUUGCUAAUGUAAAUACACUUUACAUGAAUACAGUCUAAGUGAAAAAAAAAAGUAAAUAAGAGGUUUAUAACUUGCUCUAUAUCUGUACAGAAUAUAAUCAAUAAGUGCACUAUUAAAUGUUUAAAGUAAGGGAAAUGUCUGGUCUGCUUUCCGUUGUAUCGCAUCUCACUCCCACCCUGAAACCACAGAUGGCGAGGCAUAAUACCAUCUCGGCCUCAACCAAAAGGAAAAUACAGAUCUGCUGCAGGAAAAUCGGACUGCAAAUCAUUCCAAGGCCAAACUGCAACUGAGCCACUCACUAACAAACAGGAAACCCUGGUGAAGGUUCAGGAAGCAUGGAGAUGCCCUCCAAAGAAAGGUCGUGAGGAAACGAUGCUGAGAAAGUUCCAAGAAUAAGCAGCAGCAGCCGAAAGAUGCUCCUCAGCAAAGCCAAGGUCACCGGUUAAUUCCAGAAAAGGUCUCUUUCCCACUGUCUGGCCUUCCUGUUGAAAGGAUUCCUGACAUAUUUGACCGGAGGAGAAUGUGAAGGAUAUGAACAUUGUCGAGAACUCUGCUUUAAGCUGUCUAAAGUGAUAUUGCCACAAUUUACUAAUUGCGACUAAUUGCCUAGGCUGUAAGCUCUCUGAGAGCAGGGCUCUUCUACACGUCUUUAUAAUCCCCUACAGCAGCUUUCAGUGUUUUGUACUUGUAGGCACCUAAUAAAUUUAUUAUUUACCAAAUGAAA